UAUUUUGUGCAAAGUGAGGUUGAUAAGUGUUUGUAAUCAAACGCGAACUGGAAAGAAAAGUGCAAGUGAUAUAAUGAGUCAGUACCCACACGGACCACCGCCUCCGGGGCCCCCUCCACCCCCAUAUUAUGGCCCCCCUCAUUGGCCCCCUCCACCGGGGCAUCCGUACCCGCCACCGCCACAUGACGGGGGACAAGUCACAGCUCCCCCAACGUACCCCUACUACGUCCCCACUAUGAUGUUUCCUAUUGCUCCAGUUCCCCUUGGACCGAUGCCGGUACAACCAGACCCCCAGCCCAGCAACCCUACUUAUAUAACCAACUAUAUUUACCACGGAGAGAGUUCUCAAGGCGCUCCAGCAAUUGAAGACAAGCCACAAAUGGCGGAGAUGUCUGGAGACUACGACUGGGUCGCCAGUACGGCAACUACUGCAUCGCAACUCGCUGGCAGAGCAGUGGUGGGAGGCCAUGAAGGUUGGGACGGGAGCCCUCUCUGGGUCAUCAGGGCGUGGCAUAUGGGAGACCUGAUUCCUGGCAAAUUCUCAGUUAGACAUAACGCUGCGUCGAUUACUUACGACCGAAAGGAAAUUGGCGUCCAAAACAUCGAAGUGUUGGUUUCGAGACCUGAAAGCUUGCAGUGGAUUCCAGCUACGAAUGGGACUGUUCCUAAUGGGGCAAUACCUGGAGGAAGAACGGCUUCAGGAGAGAACGUCUACGUUGGACGAGCGAGGUACCAGCUCUCUAUCACUCCUGGCAAGGUCCAUCCGAGCCACAACUGCUGCUACAUUGGAUUCGCUGGCAAUGAAGUGUCGCAUAAAAUGUACGAUGUCUUGUGCCGGGUGUAAAAUUGUGAAUAAAGAGUUGUUUUUGGAUUAUCGUGUAAGAUUGUAAAGUCCUAGAAAGACUGAAUGUACAUUUAGUAAAAAACAAGUCGAGUUUACUUAAAAAUAAGUCCUGUGCGUUGUUACCGAUGAGAAUGUCUUCACAAAUUAAAGUUGCAUAUUCUCAAAAGAAAUUAAAGUAUAAAUAAAUGAUUGUUUUAACAUA